UUACAAAACAAGAGAAAAGACUAUCAAAUAUAUCGGGAUUGUUAUUCUAAUACAAGGAUGUCGAUCCCGAAGUAAAAAAAAAAAAAAAUGACUGCACCAAAGAAGUCGGUUCUCUUCAUCUGCCUGGGAAACAUAUGUCGAUCGCCCAUAUCAGAGGCAUUGUUUAUAGACCUGCUGGAAAAGAAAGGGGAAAGAGAUUCUUGGAAGGUUGAUAGUGCAGCUAUUAUAAAUAUGCAUGUUGGUCAAAAUCCUGACAGUAGAACAAUGAAGACACUGCAGAAGAAUGGAAUUACCUCCUACAGCCACAAAUGUAGACAGAUUAAAACUCCAGAUUUUUCAGAUUUUGAUUACAUUAUCGGCAUGGAUGAUGAAAACAUGAGUGAUCUGGAAGGCUUGAAACCUAAGAACUGUAAAGCGAAGCUGUUGAUGUUUGGCGAUUAUGACACGGACGGAAGCAAGACAUACGUAGACGACCCAUAUUACAGUUCUGAUAUAAAAGCCUUCCAAGACGUGUAUGACAAAGUGUCUAGGUGCUGUGAGGGUUUGUAUGACAGCGUUGCCAUGUAACAGAGCUGCAAGCCUAUCUAUCCUACACCUCAAAGCUGAUGAAAAAGUUCUGUUUGCAUUUGUACAACUGAGAUGCAGACUGAGUGAUAACUAUGUUACACAGUUUAGAAUUCAUGUUGUAGCAUCAUUUCCAUAAUCUAAAUUUACCAGUUUAGCUGAUUUAUCCUUUUCUUUUCUUUCCUUUUUUUUUUUUUUUUGCCCAUAAGGAUACUAAAGAAAUUACUGUAUGAUGAAAUGUAAGUAAUGGUGCUCUACCAAUGAGAGGAUCUAAAUGUUUAGAGGAAUUGUACAUGUACCUCAUGCAUGCAUUUGGUACCAGAUUUAUUAUUAUUGAAUGAUAGGCCUUUAUCUUUCAGUCAUUUCUUUCUUUUUUUGGUUAAAGCAAAAUAAUGGAUUAGAGGGAAGAAUUGAUUGAAAAUAGCAAUUCUUGUGUUAAUUGUCAAUAGCUGUUGAAGACUGUCUGAAUUUUUUUUGUGUAUGCAAGAAAUAUCCAUAAAAUGUAUUAUGCUUUGCAAUAAACACUUUUUAAAAUGAAUAAAA